CUGGCCCGGGGCGCAGAGGGCGAGAGUCGCAGUCGGGGCCGGGGGGCCAUGGCUGCUCCCUGGGCGUCCCGCUUCCUCUACGAGGUGCCCGCCGCCGUCAUGUGCAAGUUCCACGAAGUCAUGGACGCGCUGGGGAGAGCCGAGUGGGCGCGCUUCGCUUCCAGGAUUGUGCGAGAUCAAGUGGAGCUGCGCCUGUAUGAGAAGAUGGAUGGGCGGACGCAGCAUCUUAUGUGGGCCUGGAUGAACCGCAAUGCCUCUGUCGGUGACUUAGUGCAGAUCCUUGAGGACUUGGAGCUUUAUCUGCCACGUGAUGUCAUCACUUCAUGGCAUCCACCACCACAACCUGCAAUGCCCAGUGCACUGUCUCCUCAUUUCCCCCAUGCCUCCCCUGAGCCACCACCUUCCCUACCUGAGCCCCCACGUGCUGCACCUGCCCCAGAUCCUGGUAGCCAUGGCAGCAGCAGGGUCAGGGAAUCGAUUUGGGAGCCCCACAAACAAGCUUCCUUACCUGCACCAGAGCCCUCCUGUCCUCCGCUAUCUCUGCCAGGGCCCCCUCCCAGCAGCCACCUUAACAGUGUCGGCCAGAGAAACCCACCUUUGCCUCCCACCCGCCUUGAUGAACAGAGCCUUGACUCUCUGUCCCCUACCUGCCCCUUUGAGUGGCAGCUGAAGGAGCUGCGCGAAGCCACAGGAGACUUCUCAGAGACCUUGAAAAUUGGAGAAGGUGGCUUUGGCUGCGUGUACCAAGCCCGACUGCGCAACACUGUCUAUGCUGUCAAACGGCUCAAAGAGGAAGCAGAAUUGGAUUGGACUGUAAUCAAGAACAGCUUUGUCACAGAGGUGGAAAAACUUUCCCGGUUCCGCCAUCCCAACAUUGUAGAGUUUGCUGGUUACUGUGCUGAGCAGGGGCAUUUCUGCCUUGUCUACGUCUUCCUACCUCAGGGCUCCUUGGAGGACCACUUGCGUAGACAGAGUGGUCCCUGCCUCUCCUGGGCCCAGCGGCUGCAUAUAGCAGUGGGCACUGCCAGAGCCAUUCAGUUCCUGCACAGCGAUUCUCCUAGCCUUAUUCAUGGUGAUGUCAAGAGCUCUAACAUCUUGUUGGAUGCGGCACUUACCCCCCGACUGGCUGACUUUGGGUUGGCACGUUUUAGCCGCCGACCAAAGCAGGGAGGAUUGAGCAGCUCUCUGGGCCGGACGCAGACUGUGCGGGGCACGCUGGCUUACCUGCCCCCUGAGUACAUCCGGACGGGGAUGCUGUCUACUGCUAUUGAUGUUUUCAGCUUUGGUGUGGUCCUGUUGGAAAUCUUGACAGGUAGACGAUCUAUGGAGCUGGAUUCACGUGGACACAGCAAGUACUUGAAAGAUCUUCUGAAUGAGGAGGAAGAGGAGCAGGAAGCCCGGCUGUCCUCUGCCACAACUUCUUCCAGCCUCUCCCAAGUUGCUCAGCUUGGCACUCAUCUAUACCAGAAGCACGCAGACCCGCGGGCCGGGCCCUGUCCAGAGCAACUGGGCACAGCACUUGGCAGCCUGGCUUGCCGGUGCCUCCACCAAAGGGCCAAGCACCGCCCCCCAAUGACGGAGGUGUACCAAGAGCUAGAGAGGCUCCAGCUACUGCUGUGCAAAGAGUCUUUCCCCACUUUGCAACCCCUAAGACAGCUGCACACUCCGCAAGAGGAUUCGUACACCUCCAGGCCUCUCAACCAGCCUGAAGAGAGUGAUGAAAGCCUGGAGGGCAGCCUGAGGCUGCUGAGCCACAGAAGUGUGCCCAGAGGGAAUAUCUCUGUAGGCCAACUAGGCGACUCUGCCCCUCAGAUCGUCAUCAACCCAGCAAGGAGGCGUAUGAUGGAGCGGCUGGCACUCUACCAUGACGGAGAGCUUAGCAGCCUGGAUGUGCUUGCUUCUGCAGCGUCAGGGGAAGGUCACCUUGCAGAACCCCCUCGUGAGCCCGAAGAGAGUGAUGAAUUUGAGUGAUGAACUUGAGUGACAUGGAAGGAUGAAAGUUCUCACAGCGCUGAUGGCACUUUGCAUUUUACAGGGUCCCACUAUCCCGGGGGGGGGGGUCACGUUCCUUAGCUGGUACCACCAACCCUGUGGCACUCAGGGGUUCCUGGUGGAAUCUGGCAUCAGGUUAACAACACAGCUCAAGCGGGUGGCAGGGGAAAUGGAGUCUAUUUGAAUCGGAGAAGUAGGAGGAGGGGAUUGUGUAGAUUACUACCCCUAUGGCCCUCCCUGCAAACGUCUCCUCACUACAUACUCCUUUUUCUUGAAGACAGUAAAUAAAACAUUUUAUAUAUUUGUAA